AGAAACAGAUAAGAACACUGUUUUCUGUAAGCACUUCCUUUAGCUUCAUCUUCUUCCCCACGUUUUCGUUCUGUGCUGAAUUUCCAUGACUCAUAUCCACUGAACUCAAAACCCUAAUUUCCCUCUUCUUCAAUGGCUUCUCAAGUUUUUCUUCAGGCUCUGUUUACUCCUAAUCAAUCUCUUCCAAACAAGCUAUGUUUCUCUUCUCCUUCUUCAACCGCUUCCACAUUCGGUUCUCGUAACUUACCGUUGAUUUCAACCUCAAUUUCACGGCGUUGCAGUCCUCUCAUUGCUAAACCUAAUUUCAUUGUCAGAGCUGAUUCCAAUCUUGACGCUACUUCGGCUUCGGAUGAAGUUCCGGAAACUGAUGAUGAACAGGCUUUGGAAUCUGAUACUGAAAUUGAGCAAGUGAAGCCACCUAGACAAACUAGGGUCAAGCUUGGUGAUGUUAUGGGGAUAUUGCAUAAGAGGGCAAUUGCGGCUUCGGAUGAAGUGAGGGCCACUCCAGAUUUAAGGACUGGUGAUAUUAUUGAAAUCAGAUUGGAAGUUCCUGAGAACAAGCGUAGGUUAUCCGUUUAUAAAGGUAUUGUCAUCUCGAAACAAAAUGCUGGUAUUCACACGACUAUUCGCGUUCGAAGAAUUAUUGCUGGCACAGGGGUUGAGAUAAUCUUCCCAAUUUACUCGCCAAACAUCAAAGAAAUCAAAGUGGUAAAACACCGAAAGGUCAGGCAGGCAAGAUUGUACUAUCUAAAGGACAAGCUUCCCAGAUUCUCCACUUUCAAAUGAUAAGGUCACACUGUUCAUCACGUUCUUAUUCAAAGUAAUCUCCUGAUCCUGGAAAUGUUAAUGCCGUCCACAAUUUGAUUAUUUUGACUUGUUGUAUUGUAGAGUGUAUCAUCUUUCUUCCCUUUAAUCUAUCCUCUGAGAAAUAGAAACAACUGUAUGUUGCCCAUGAUAAUACUGAGAAACUUGAAGUGUUUAUUCUGCAUGCUUAUUUCUGGUAGCAACCCAAGCAUUGGUGAAAAUAUCACUAGAUAUCCAUUAUGUAACUUCUUUUUUGACUAUGUAUACAUUAUGUAAAUGUUCUUAUUGUUUUAUUUUUCA